AUGCCAGUCGUUUCAUAUCUAUCUAUUUCUGUCUUUCCAUGUAUAUCUAUCUAUCUAUCUAUCUAUCUAUCUAUCUAUCUAUCUAUCCCCCACCUUUUCUUUCAUGUUCUUCUGUUCAUUUUCCCGUCUUAUUUUCUUCGUCGUUUCAGCUUCAUUGGAAGCAUUCAUCUUUCCAAAUUCCUUUUUCUUUUCUCACCUUUUUUUCUCAUUCAUUUCUUCAUUCUUUCCACUGUUCUUACUUUUUAUGCAUUAUUUCUUUCGUUUUUCAGCAUUUUUCUUAAUUUCUCCUGCUUUUCCCUUAUUCAUACUUCAUUCAUUCGUAAUGUCUUCUUUUCUUUAUUAACCCCACCCGCUUAUUCUAAACCUAUUUCUUGUUUUUCGCUUCCUUUCCUUCCUUCAUUCAUUCUUAUUGCCUCAUUCAUUCAAUUUUCUAUUUUUUUCUCUUUCUUUUCCAUCCUUCUUCUCUUUAUAUUUGCCAUUGUCUUCCCUGUAAUCAUUCGUCCUUUCUUCCUUUAUUCUUUGUGUAUUUCUAAUUUAACAUUUUACUCCUUUUCUUAUAUCCUUAUAUCUUUUAAUUUUCGUUUACUUUCCUACCCAUUUUUGCUUUCUUUUCUUUCUUUUUGUUCCUGUAUUUUUCUUUCGAUUAAGCCUUCUGCUUUCCUCCAUUUCAUUCUUCUACAUUCAUCUUCCAUCAUUCUUUCAUUUGACCAUUUUUUGUUCAUUUUAUCCUCCUUCCUUUCAGCAUUUUCCCUGUCUUGUUUACCGCCUUCAUUCUUUCAUCAUAAUCCUCCAUUUUUCUCUUUCAUUUCAUAUUUUUAUUUCUAUAGUUUUGCUAAAUUCCAUUCAUUAUUCCUUUUUAUUAGUUAUUUCUCCUCUUUCUUCAUUCAUAUCUCCUGCAUUUUUAUUUCUAUCAAUCGUAUCCUGCUUUCCAUCAUUUCGCCUCCCAACCGUUCUUCCUUUCAUCUCCUAUCAUUUUUAAUUUACCUUUCGUUCUUCCAUUUAAUUUGGCCGCAUUUUUGUCCUUCAUUUUAUCCUCCUUCCUUUACUCAUAUUCUCUCUCUUGUUUCCUUGAUUUUACCGCUUAAUUUCUUUCAUAACGUUCUUCCAUGUUUCUCUUUCUCUUCGUCUUUUUCUAUUUUCCGCUUUCUGCUCGCAUUCUUCUAA